AUGGACAAUCAAGAGAAAGCACUAGAACCGCGACCGCAGCAAGGGGGUGAUGCGGUCGCGCAGGUCGAAGCCGCACGUGAGAGCGUGGCGGAUUUGAUCAAGCGCUCCAACGCCCUGAGCGAACAGGCUGUCCUCAACGUGGGGAUGCUGAUGAAGUCCGUGGUCGCCGAGACCGUCGACUACGUCGACUCGCUCAAGACCGACCUCUCCUCGCUCGAUGCCGCCAAUGAGAACGGCCUCCCUCAUGUCGUCAGCGAGCAGCUCGCUGUCGUCGAGGCCUACCUCGGCAAGGUCGAGUCGCUGGUGGUGCGCCAAGAGGAGCUCUCGAGGUUGGCCGUCUCUCACUCGGAGAAGAUCUCUCACGCGGGGCGCCUGAUCGAGAACAUCACCAAGGAGGUCAAGCUGCUCGCGAUCAACGCCCAGAUCGAGGCCACCCGCAUGAACGCCGAGAAUCAAUCCCUCGGCGUGAUCUCGCAAGAGAUGAUGCGGCUCUCGAAGUCGGUCAAUGACGCGAACACGAUCGUGCGUGAUGUGACCGAGAACCUGCUCGAGCUGUUGCCGUCGAUGUCCGAGCAGGCGCGCUCGCUCAAGUCAUCGACGGCGGCAUUCUCCGAUGACAUGAACUUUAGCGCCAAACGCAUCGAGCGCUGCAACGAGGAUCUCUACCUGCAGAUGCGCGAGACCUUCGCCCGCGGUGAUGUGCGCAUGGAGACGAUCCUGGAUCACUCCUACUCGGUCCUCUCCGAGCUUCAGUUCCAGGACCCCAGCGCGCAGCUGCUCAAAAAGAUCGACAGCGAGCUCGAGUCGCUCUCGAAGCGAAUUUCGGACGAUGGUGACGAGGGCAGCGGGGCAAAGGGCACGAAGGAGGCGUCUUACAACCUGGGCAACGAGAUGAAGCAAAUCAGGAUCGUAUUGAUCGAGUCUGACGAGGGGCAGGCCAACAUGCUCUCGCGCAGGUUGAGGGCGCAAGGUUACAUCGUCGAUGUGGCCACGGACCCGAUCGAAGGCGCGACGUUGGCGUUGGCAGAACCUCCGACGGUCCUCGUCGCAGAGCUUUGGAUGCCGGGGAUCUCGGGUGUCCAGUUGUGCCGACUGCUCCAGUCCGAGGCGUCGACGGCGCACGUGCCGGUGAUCCUCUCCGGGCCAGGCGAUGUCCCGAAGAACAGCUUCUGGGCCGAGCAGGCAGGCGCCAUUGACUACGUCCCCUCGGGGCGCGUGGGCGCGCUCGUGCGCGCCAUCGAGCGCGCCGUCGAGCGCGCUCAGCAGGAGGAUGUGUUCUUCACCUACCUGGGCGAUGGCUGCGUGGAUAUUCGGGAGCGGAUCGCGAGCUUGCUCGAUGACGCCCUCUUCGAAUCGGUGCUCGCGAGCGAGGUCCGCGCGCUCGGCGCGUGCGGCUCCUUCGAGAGGUUAUUCGACCUCUUCUCACAGCUCGCCGCGCGCAUCACCGCCUAUCGUUGGAUCGCGUUGCGCACGGACUCUCCGCGUCGGUUCGCGAUUCACACCAACCCGCUCAACCGGACCGAGGAUCUCGAGACCGCCAGAUCUGUGCUCUCGACUGGGGUCGAUGAGGGGACCUUUAUCCUGAUCGAGGACGGCGACGCGAUCGAUAUCGAUGCGCAGUUCGUGGCGCACGAGAAGAUCGAGUUCGGGCACUUGAACAUCGGCGCGCUGGCGAUCGCGUUCGAGGAGUGUGACGACGAGGGGCGACACCUCGCCGGGUUCUUCGCGCGCGAGCUCGGAGGGCCACUCCGCAUGGUCUCGCUCGUCGAGGAAUCACGCCGGUUGGCGACCACCGAUCCCCUGACCGGGCUCGCCAACCGCCGCGCUUUCCUUGGCGAGUUCAAGACGCUCCUUCACGAGCGCCGCAGCGGUAAGGAUGGCGUGUGCGCGUUGAUGUUGGAUGUCGAUCACUUCAAGCAGAUCAAUGACAACUUCGGUCACGCCGCCGGGGAUCUUGUCCUCGCCACGCUCGGGGGUGUGCUCGAGGGCUUCGCGCCGUCGAUCGGUUCGUCAGCGAGGUGGGGAGGCGAGGAGUUCGUCGUCUCGCUCGACCAGGUCGACUAUGCUCACGCGGUGCGGCUGGCCGAGGAGCUCUGCGCCACGAUCGCCGCGCUCGAGAUCGAGCAUGACGCGACGAGGAUUCCGAUCACGGCAUCCAUCGGCGUCGCCGCGCAUCGCGUUGGCGAUGAUAUCGAAUCACUCAUCGAUCGCGCCGACCGCGCGAUGUAUUUGGCCAAGACCUCGGGGAGGAAUCGCGUCUGCACCGAGGAUAUGCUCACCCGCGAGGAUAUCACGCCGCCUCGCGAAGAGGCGCUCUCUUCGGCUUGA